AUGAACCGUGAUCCCGAUAAUGGCCUUUGGUAUGCAACGUUGCGGGGUCGUACGCUGCUGGGGGAGGAGGUUCAACUGCCGGAGAGCGGCAUCGUUGGCAUGACCACAGUCACCACCAGCAAGCCGUCUUGCUCUCCAUUCCCCACCCCGGCGUCCCUCUCCACGUUCCCGCCCCAGAUUGCCGAGGUGGGCGAGCUCGAGAUGGUCGAUGAGGUGUUCAUUGAAGCAUGUGCGCCACGUUAUGUGGUAUGGGACCACGGGAGAGCGCCGUCUCCUGCUGCCAGUUUAUUGCAGUGGAUGAUGCUAGCGGAGGUGCUUCACGGCCCCUCGAAGUGGGCGCAGGGCGAGGGCGAUACUUCGCUUUGA